AUGUCUGGAGAAACCAACGCUGCCUGGCCCAUCGCCGACGAGGCCUUGACCCAAAACAUCCUCGAUCUCAUCCAGCAGGCGACUCACUACCGCCAGAUCAAAAAAGGUGCAAAUGAAGCAACAAAAACUCUAAACAGAGGAACGUCAGAACUCAUCGUGCUCGCUGCCGACACCAGUCCUCUGGCGAUCUUGUUGCACUUGCCUUUGCUCGCCGAGGAUAAGAAUACGCCUUAUGUUUAUGUUCCAAGCAAGCUCGCUCUCGGUAGGGCCACCGGUGUCUCGCGCCCUGUGAUCGCCGCCAGCAUCACCACCAACGAAGCAAGUGACCUCGCGGGCCAGAUUCGUUCGAUCAAGGACCAGGUUGAGAGAUUGAUGAUUUAG